AUGGUUGCUACCUCGCAGCUUCCCCAAAACGCUGAAAAUCACAUCAACCAUUCUUAAGUUUCCAAUAUUCUCACAAUUUCACGUUAUAUAUAAACACAUAACGCGUCUCAGCCACACUACUUGAGUGUUUAUCAAUGGCAACAAGUUCAAGUUCAAGUUCAAGAUCAAGCAACAAUGGCAAAGCCAUAGGAAUUGAUCUUGGCACAACCUACAGCUGUGUCGCAGUGUGGCAGAACAACCACGUUGACGUCAUUCCAAACGAACAAGGCAACCGCACCACUCCUUCUUGCGUUUCAUUCACUGACACUCAAAGAUUACUAGGCGAUGCCGCCAUUAACCAACUCUCCUUGAAUCCACUCAACACUGUCUUCGAUGCCAAACGCUUGAUCGGUCGCAGGUUCAACGACCACUCAGUUCAAGAGGACAUGAAGCUGUGGCCUUUUAAGGUUGUCCCUGAUCCCAACAACAACAACAAACCACUCAUUCUUGUUAACUAUAAGUGUGAAGAGAGAUACCUUGCACCUGAAGAGGUGUCUUCCAUGGUGCUCUUCAAGAUGAAGGAGGUUGCUGAAGCUUACUUAGGCCAUUCUGUGAAGAAUGCAGUCAUCACUGUCCCUGCUUACUUCAACAACUCUCAGAGACAAGCCACCAAAGACGCCGGAAAAAUUGCCGGCCUUAACGUUAUGAGGAUCAUAAACGAGCCUACUGCUGCUGCCAUUGCUUAUGGCUUCGACAAGAAGAGUUGGAGGGAAGGUGAGAAGAAUGUGCUUGUGUUUGAUCUUGGUGGUGGCACUUUCGAUGUUUCAUUGGUAACAAUUGAUGAAGGGAUGUUCAAGGUGAAGGCCACUUUGGGAGACACACAUUUGGGAGGUGAAGAUUUUGAUAACAAAAUGGUGAACCAUUGUGUUGAAUUGGUCAAAGGAAAGUACAAGAAGGACAUUAGUGGGAAUGCGAAAGCUUUGAGGAGGUUAAGGUCACAUUGUGAGAGGGCCAAGAGGAAUCUCUCUUCCAUUUCACAAACAAGAAUCGAAAUCGAUGCUUUGCACGAAGGGAUUGAUCUUUACCUCACUGUUACUAGAGCUGCAUUUGAGGAAUUGAACAAGGACUUGUUCAAGAAGUGCAUGGAGACAGUGGAGAAAUGCCUAAUUGAGGCUAAGGUUGACAAAAGCCAAGUACACGAGAUUGUUCUUGUUGGUGGCUCUACUAGAAUUCCGAAAGUUCAGCAACUCUUGAAGGAGAUGUUUUGUGUCAAUGGUAUGGUUAAAGAGCUUUGCAAAAGCAUCAAUGCCGAUGAGGCCGUGGCGUAUGGUGCUGCAGUUCAGGCAGCCAUAUUGAGUGGUGAAAGAGACAAGAACGUGGAGGAGCUCUUGUUGCUUGAUGUGUUGCCGCUAAGCCUUGGAAUUGAAGCUUCCGGUGGAGCCAUGUCGGUUUUGAUUCCUAAGAAUACCAUGAUUCCCACCAAAAAAGAGAGGGUUUUUUAUCCUUCAUAUGAGGAUCAAAGCAGUGUUAUGAUCAAAGUGUUUGAAGGAGAAGAACCAAAAACCAAGGAUAAUGUCUUUCUCGGGAAGCUUGAGCUCCAAGCACCAAGAGGAACCUCACAGAUCAAUGUUUGCUUCGAUAUAAACAUUGAUGGCAUUCUUGAGGUCACGGCUGAAGACAAAAGUUCGAGGGUGAAGAAAACGAUCAAGAUCAACCACAGGAAUGGAAGGUUGAGGCCAGAAGAGUUGAAGAGAAUGGUGAGAGAUGCAGAGAAGUUUAAGGAAGAUGAUGAGGAAGUAAAGAAGAAGGAGAAGGCAAAGAACUCGCUUGAAAACUAUGCAUAUGAAAUGAAGCAAAAAUUGAAGAAUCUAGAGAAGAAAAUUGAGGAGGCAAUAGAAUGGUUAGAGAGGAACCAGUUAGCAGAAGCAGAGGAAUUUGAGUUCAGGAAGCAAGAACUGGAAGAUGAUCUGAAAUCAGAUUUUGUAUCUAACGUUGUUCCAAACCCUGAUGAGUCCAAGGUUCCAAUAUGGUGUACUUGGAGGGUUCCACCAAGUGGUUGGGUUUGUCUCAACACUGAUGGUUCAAUGUUCCAGAACAGAAACAAUAACAACAAAGCAGCAUGUGGGGGUCUAGUUCGAGAUUCCUCGGGUAGUUUCCUAGGUGGUUUUUCUGUUAAGUUAGAUCAUGCCACGUCAGUUACAAUGGCAGAGUUGUGGGGUGUUGUUCAUGGACUCAAUCUGGCUUGGGAUCUUGGGUGUAGAAAAGUGAAGGUGGAUAUUGAUUCUGGAAAUGCUCUUGGAUUGGUGAGGAAUUGUCCUGUGGCUAAUGAUCCUGCAUUUGGGUUGGUUUCUGAGAUUAAUGCACUUGUGAGAAGGGAUUGGUUGGUGGAAUUCUCUCAUAUACUUAGAGAAUCUAAUCGUGCUGCUGAUAAAAUGGCUCAUUUGGGACACACUUUGGAUUCGGGUCUUAGUGUGAAGCGGUUCAUGGAGGCACCCUCUGCUGUUGUUGACAUUCUUAAUGAUGAUGUUGCUGGUGUUCCUUUACAACGUGGUGUUCAUGCUCGUUAGCAUAAUUUUCUUCUUCUUGUCUUGUUUCCUGAAGAAAAAAGAAACGAAUAAUAUAUAUUUUAAGAACAAA